AUGUCUCGAGAGGCAGGCUCAUGCCGAGUGGGCGCUGGGACAAGGGCACGGUCACGGAAGCCCAAGAAGCCACACUACAUCCCACGGCCCUGGGGCAAACCCUAUAACUACAAGUGCUUCCAGUGUCCUUUCACCUGCCUGGAGAAGUCCCACCUCUACAACCACAUGAAGUACAGCCUCUGCAAAGACUCCCUCUCCCUACUGCUAGACUCCCCUGACUGGGCAUGCCGCCGUGCGCCCCCAUCGCCCAGGCCUCAGGUGCCCACCCCCAACUGUUCCACAGACUUCUCAGACCCUGGCAGCAAGCCUACUGAGCCAGCUCUCAUUGUCACUGACAGCCUUUCCCAGCACCGUUGUGUCAGGGGCCCCAAACCUGGAUCAGAGGAGUCCCCAGGGUUGCUGCCCCCUCUUUCUAGAGCCAUCCAGAAGGGUCCAGGCAGCAGUGGCUUCUUGGCAGAGUCAUGGAAGCCGGGACUGAGUAGUGGUAUGAUGAGUGGGUCUCUAGGGGCCAUAGCCUCGGCAGGCUCUGAGAGCACUGUCCCCUGCUACCCACCUCCUGCCCAGGGGGAGUUCCCUGAAGCCCAGAGCCUCCACCUGUCAUUGCUGGGUGUCAACUACCCUCUUGGCCCAGGCCUCUUCUCCUAUCUGGGGCCCUCACUGGCAGCGGCUGCAGCCCACAUGCCCUUCUUGGCCUCGGCAAGCCCCUUGCUGCCCCCGACAGCCUUCCCAGCCCCACAGGCACCUGAGCGUCCAGGCCUGGCUCCCCGCCUGUACUACCCACUGUUGCUUGAGCACAGCUUAGGACAGGCAGCAAGCAGAGCUGCCCCGGCCAAGUCCUCUGUGCUCCUCAAGGGGCCUCCUGGGGCUCUGGCUGCUCCUGGGCUGCUGAAGGUGCCUGUGCCAGGGCUCGGGAGACCCUGGCCCCAUGACGCUUCCAGAGACUCGGGGCAUGAAGGAGAGCUGGAACGAGUGGCUCAGAGCAACCCGCAGAAGAGGCUGCCCGUAGGCAACAUGCCUGAGCUCCCAAAGGUCCCCCUGAACCUGGCAAAAUUUGGCUGUCAGAGCAGCCUGCCGACAGGCUCCUCCCUGAUCCUCUGGCCUGAGGACAAGGAGCCAGGUGACCCUAAAGCCGCAGGCCCUGAUGUCCACCUUCUACAGCAGCCACAAGGCCGAGUGCUAGCAAGUCCAGUCCCAGUGGGAGAGGACCUGACCGAGGCCUUUGGUGACUAUGCCAGGGUGGAGCAGCGCUUGGGGCAGCUGGGACCGGCUGGGGGUCUAGCCCCCAGACCUCUACGAGAGCAGCUUGGCAAGAUUCGCCGCGAACUGUUCACCAUCCAUCAGGCGUUGGCCCGGGCAGCUCGGCCACCGGACACACCCUUGGACCUCUCAGUGAAGCGGGUGCCUACCAAGGGAACUGAGGCACCUGAAGAGUCCUGGGGGCUGCUUGAUCCAGGCCCCAUGCUGGCAAGGGGGACCUCCAAGCCCUCCAGUGUAUUAGGCCCUGUGCUUGAGCCUUUCUCAAACCGUACCACCAAGUGUGAGGCUGACUCCAGUGUCCCACCUCCUGUCCUCCCCCUCCAGGCCCCUGAGGAACAUGGAAUUCCUGGUAGUGGCUGGGGCAAUCAUCUUGGAGCUGGCAGCUCUCAGACCUCUAAAGAUAACCCGAACUUGCAGAUCCUCCCUGGUGCUGAGGUCUGUCCGCAGCCACCUUAG